GAAUUACGGCAGUAUCCCCGGCGUGAAAGAUGCUGAAUGACCGUGAAUGUGUGUUUUGGGUUUUUAACCUUCUUUUGUGUAUAAUAAAUAUCGAAUUGGGCGCUGCAGAUGGAGUGCUGGGAUGCGGAGGCUUCGUCAAAUCUGACGUAGAUAUCAAUUUUUCCUUGGUUGAGGUGAAGUUGUAUACACCACAUGGUAGUAUAAAAUAUCAGACAGAUUGUGCACCAAAUACUGGUUAUUAUCUCAUACCCCUCUAUGAUAAAGGAGAUUUUAUUCUCAAAGUUGAACCACCCAAAGGAUGGAGUUUUGAACCACAGAGUAUAGAAUUACAAGUAGAUGGAACUAAUGAUAAAUGUAGUAAAGGAGAAGAUAUAAACUUUCUAUUUACUGGUUUCUCUGUUAUAGGAAAAGUAAUAAGUAAAGGGCAGACAAUUGGACCAUCAGGUGUUUCUGUUAGUUUGGCGAAAUCUAAUUCAGGGGAGAUAAUUCAGACAGUUAAAACAUCUGAUAAUGGAGAAUAUAUGUUUACUAAGGUGUUGCCAGGUGAAUACAAGGUCAAGGCCUCUCAUCAAACAUGGAAGCUUGAAAAGCCUGAGAGCGUUGUCAAGGUUAUUAAUGAUAAUGGUAAUGCUGGUAAUAAUCUGGUCAUAUCAGGAUAUGAUGUCUCAGGAGUGGUAUCGAGUGAUGGAGAAUAUAUAAAGGGGGUUAAUUUCUUGCUCUUCUCAUCAACAGUGAAACAACAGGAUGUGACAGGUUGUGAGAAAUCUCCACUUAAAGGUUUUACCGGAAACCAGGCAUCAAAGCCUAUCUGUUACGUGACAUCACAACAAAAUGGUAGAUUUAUCUUCCCUUCACUACCAACUGGCAAAUAUUAUAUAGUUCCAUUUUAUAAAGGUGAACAUAUUACAUUUGAUGUUUUACCUGAGAAAUUAGAGUUUGAAGUUCAACAUCAAUCAGUUCAAUUACAGAAACAGUUCAACGUUGCUGGAUUUUCUGUCAGUGGUCGGGUUUUAGACUCGGAAAAGGGAUCAGGAGUAGCAAAGGCUAAGAUUUUACUCAAUGGUAAUGAACAGACAAUGACGAGUCAGGAUGGAACCUAUCAUCUAGAGAACAUGAAAACAGGAACCUAUAAACUAUCUGUACAAUCCUCAUCAAUCUACUUUGAUGAUAUCACCCUUAAGAUAACCCCUAGUACACCACAAUUACCAAAUAUAGUAGCUUCAAGCUUCAGUCUAUGCGGUCAAGUUAUUAUUGAUAGGCUACCCGAAGCUUUAUCGUCUGUUCCUUCUCAGAGACGAAUCAUCUACCAUCCGGACGGCAAGAAAUCAGAAGCUGUUUCUCUAUCACCAGAAGCAGACGGUAAAUUCUGUACAAAAGUUAAACCAGGAAAAUAUAUUAUUGGGAUUCAUCUGAGUGAACAGGAAGUUAAAGCAGGACUGCAUCUAUCUCCAGCAGAACAAGUUGUCACGGUUACCAAUAAACCAAUCAAAGAUAUCCGAUUUUCACAAUUCCGUGCCAAGGUUUCAGGAACAGUUGUAUGUAUGGAGAAAUGUGGUAAUAUUGAUAUACUUUGA